ACUUCUCGGUGUUCGAAACCCAGAAAUUCUUUGAUUUCUAGCCCCGGAGUUGGGAGAGAGUAGCUAUGGCGGUAUCUUUUUUUCCUUCUUCGACGUGUUCCUCGAUCGCAGUUUCAUUUUCUUCAUCUACGAUGUCAAGAAGUACUUUUAAAUUUUACGCUAGUUCAUGUUCUUUGUCUCGUGCUUCAAUAGGUUCUCCUCAUCGGCUCCAUUUGAGGAGGUCAUGUAAGGUCCAAGCAAGUGUCCUAAAAGAGAAUGAGGAGAAAGUGAUUGUAGAAGAAACAUUUCAACCCAAAACUUCUCCUGAUGAAGAGAAUAGAAGUCCAAGUGAGCCCCCUUCAAGUUCUAUGGAGAAAUUGGUCAUAAAGAUUGAACAAUCUAUAAACAUCUUUCUUACAGAUACAGUAAUCAAAGUACUCGACACAUUGUAUCAUGAUAGAGACUAUCCACGGUUUUUUGUUCUUGAAACUAUUGCAAGAGUCCCAUAUUUUGCUUUUAUGUCUGUUCUUCACAUGUAUGAGACUUUUGGUUGGUGGAGAAGAUCAGAGUAUUUGAAAGUCCACUUUGCUGAAAGCUGGAAUGAGAUGCAUCAUCUGCUUAUUAUGGAGGAAUUGGGAGGAAAUGCAUGGUGGUUUGACCGGUUUCUUGCUCAACAUAUUGCUAUCUUCUAUUAUUUCAUGACUGUUUUUAUGUACAUGUUGAGCCCAAGAAUGGCAUAUCAUUUUUCAGAAUGUGUGGAGGGGCAUGCAUUUGAAACAUAUGACAAGUUUAUCAAGGAAAAAGGAGAUGAAUUGAAAGAAAUUCCUCCAUCUAAAGUUGCUGUGAAAUACUACACAGAAGAAGAUCUGUACUUGUUUGAUGAAUUUCAAACUGCACGGAUUCCCAAUACUCGAAGGCCAAAAAUAGAAAAUAUGUAUGAUGUGUUUCUGAACAUAAGAGACGAUGAAGCAGAACAUUGCAAGACAAUGAAAGCAUGCCAAACACAUGGGAACCUUCGUUCCCCUCAUUCUUCAGAAGAAACAGUUACACCUGUUUCUUCUGAAGAUGAUUUGGGGUGCAUUCUGCCUGGCGCAGAAUGCGAAGGUAUUGUAGAUUGUAUAAAAAAAUCCAUCACAAAUCCUCCCGCUAACCAUAUUAAGCCAUAAACAUACAUAAACGUGUAAAUAAAGAUAACGAGGGUAGUAUCUGAUUUAUACAUGAUACAUAUGUAGAGAGAGAUUUGAUACAAGCUUAAAUAUUAAAAAAGGUGAAAUAACUUUCUUAUAUGAAACAUGGAAGGGUGUUUCAUUUUAGGUGUUUGUUGGUUGU